AUGGGCUGCUCCAGCUGCAAGCGCGGCGCGCCCCGCGCGGCGAGCCCGCGGGGCGAGCUCUGCGCGCGCGGCGCCCUGGAAGACCGGCAGCGCCUCGAGCGGGCCGCCGGCCGGCGGGCGGGCGAGCGCAAGCGGCGACGGCAGCAGCCCGGCGCCCUCCGAGGGCGCCGCCUGUGCCGGCAGCGAGGCUCCCGAGGAGCCCGGGCGCCUCAUCGCGCGCCUGGGGGCCUUGGACCCGGCCCUCCGACUGGCGGCGGUGCGCGCGCUGCCGCUGGCAGUGGAGAAGGGCGACGAGGAGGCCAUUGCAGCGCUCGUCGCGCGCCUGAGGGACGCGGACGGGCGCGUGCGGCUGUGGGCCUGCCUGGCGCUGCUGCGGGUGUCGGAGCGCGGCCGCACGUCUCCCCGAUCGAUCAUCGGCCUGAUGGCGUGCCUGGAGGAUUCGGACGAGGACGUGCGGCAGACGGCGGUGGAAGCGCUCUCGCGCGUGGUGGAGCGUGGGGACGGCAACGCGAUGCGGGCGCUCCUGGCGCGCACCAGGCACGAGCAGGGUUCGGUGAGGCAGGCGGCGGCGGAGGUGCUGGGCCUGAUCGCGGAGAGCGGCGACGCCGAGGUGGCGGGGGCCCUCGGGGCGCUCCUGGGCGACGAAGCUUGGCACGUCAG